UCCCUUACAAUUUGACCUCGAUUCUGGAAUAAAAACAAAAAAAUGGAGCAUUUUUUAAAAACAAUUUUGUAUCUUAUUUUCAUUAUCAUAAUCAUUCUUUUGGCACUUGCUGUUGUACUGGCGGCGUUAGGCAAAUCUCUUGGAGUUCGUCAGUGGUACAUAAAUAAAUUGCUGGUUCUGUUCGAGUUUGGACGGGUGAGAAUAAACAGUUACGCUGAACACGAGCGUCACAGAUUUGACAUAGUGGAAAGCAGUGAGGAAGGUUUACCUGAAGAUGAUACCCUGUCUGAAACCUCCCAAGAGUCAGAGACACCUGAUGCUGACUCGUACACCGUAAUUCGUAGAGACAUUUCCAUAUCUGCCACUGAAGGGAUCAAGAUACCAUCCAAACGGCCAGACUAUGACAUGUCAUGGAAAAGGGAAUUCAACAUAUCUGAUAUCAUGUACUUCUUGAAAUGUGGAAUGGAAUCCAUAAUUCAAGAUGAUGUUACACAAAGAUUUGCUGCUGAAGAAUUGAAAAGCUGGAAUUUAUUAACAAGAACAGAUUUAGGAUAUCAGUUUAUAAGUUGGAGACUAACGUUCCUGUAUGGAAUAGGAUGUGCAAUACGCUACUGUAUCUUACUGCCAUUUAGGAUGAUUCUGUGUUGCUGUGGUUUGACAUUUCUCAUUGUGUCCACGUUUCUGAUUGGUUAUUUUCCAGAUGGCAAGUCAAAGAGAACAUUGAAUAGAAUAUUCAGCCUCAUGGCCCAUAGAAUAUUGUGUCGUGCCCUGUCUGCUGUUGUUACGUUCCAUGACAGUGAUAAAUAUCGUCCCAAGAAUGGGAUAUGUGUGGCCAACCACACGUCUCCGUUAGAUGUUGUAAUACUCAGCUGUGAUAACUGCUACGCCAUGGUAGGGCAAAGUCAUUCUGGGUUUCUAGGUGUCAUGCAGAGGGCACUGUCUCGAGCUACGUCUCAUAUCUGGUUUGAACGCUCUGAAAUAAAAGACCGCCAUCUUGUCUCAGAGAAAAUGAAAGAGCAUGUUGACAACGAAGACAAACUACCCAUAUUAAUAUUUCCUGAAGGUACCUGCAUAAACAACACGUCCGUUAUGAUGUUCAAGAAGGGUGGGUUUGAAGUGUCUCCUGUAGUCUACCCUGUAGCUAUCAAGUAUGACAGCAGGUUUGGGGACGCCUUCUGGAACAGCGGUGCAGAGAGCAUGGUGCGACAUAUCUACAACAUCAUGACUAGCUGGGCCCUGGUGGCUCAUGUAUGGUACCUCCCACCCAUGACCAGACUGGAAGGGGAGGAUGCAGUGAGUUUUGCAAACCGUGUGAAAGCUGAGAUUGCUAGGGCCGGUGGGUUGGUGGAUCUAGAAUGGGACGGUCAGCUGAAGAGAAUGAAGGUGAAAGAGACGUGGAAGAGCAAAUCACAACAAGAUUACAGCAAGAUUAUCAAGACAGACUAAAUUUUGACAUGAAGAAUAGUCACAAUGAUUUUGAGUUCUUUUCGGUUUGGCUAAAGGAUUUUAAAAUCUGCAGUGUAAUUAAAUGAGCAUAGGAUUUUACCUGUGAAUUCGUCAUAUAUUGUUCAGAGUUUUCUUUAGUUGUGCUUAAAGAUUCUGAUGUCUGCAGUGUAAUUAACGGAGAGGUUGAUUUAACCUGUGUAGUCAUUUAAUAUUGGUGCAUGCAAGAGUUUACUGUAUUUUAGCAAAAGGAUUUUUAUGCCGGUAGUGUACCAGGCCAAGAUGGGGAUUAAAGCUGUACAUAUUGUAUGGGAAAAAUGCUCAUUUUGGUGAAAAUUUCAAAAUAAUUUUGUCAAAAGAUAACUUAUUCUGAGCCUGCAGUGUAUUUCACUGAGAUAGGAGUUUUUAAGAAGGUUUCACUUGAAGAUUCUUUUCAUAUUGUUGCGUACACAUAAGUGUCAGAGAAUGUACUCGCAAUGGUGUCAGAGUAAACUUUAUUUCGGCAAAAUGUCUGUAAACUGUCCCAUGUUCUUCACACACAUGGGAAAGUAAAUCUGAUAAUGCAUAAUACAUGUAUACAUGUAUCUAUAUUUUGGUGCAUGAAAUAGUUUGUGUGAGGGAUAUUAUGUAUUUAGUGUUAAGGAUGAGAAUUUUUUAUAGAAACUGUUACAAAUAUAUAUUUCAUGAAAUUCUUUAAAAGAAACUGAUUAAGACAGUUAAAAAAUUGCAAGAGAAAGUAUUGAACUUUGAUAAACUACGCAAUCAAAUCAGAAUAGCCAGAGUUUGCAAAUAAUUAUACAUGUUUUGUGUGUUAAACAUGAACAUGCAAUUUGUAUAAUACAUUUUAAAUGGCUAUAUUAUUGUGCCAUGAAUUCCCUUCUUGUUACAUGUAAAGACCUUUUCAAAGUGGCGGUAUGCCAUGUUUAAUUGUCAAUUUGUUUCAACUAUUACUUUCUGUUGGUGCAUGGUUAUAAUAUCAGGACAAAUUUACAUGUGUUCAUAAGUUAUUGAUGAUAUUGUAAGUCUGCUUGUUGGUAUUGAGUUAGCUGUUUUUACUUCACUUGAGGAGGUAUUUUUCAUGUUGAGCAUUUAAGAUACUGUGAUGUUCGUUGUCUGUCAAUGCGUGCAUGUUUGUUUAAACUAUUUUCGUCUAACGACAUCUCCUCUCUAUCUUUUAACUGAUAUUAACAAAACUCCUUAGGAAUAAUUCUUGGUUGACCCAAGUUUAAAGAUUAAAGUUUAAAAAUUGUCAUGUCUAUUGCAAUUGUAGGUCUUCAGAGCUUAAAAUAGAUUUCUAAAAGGAAAACCAAAAAUAUCUUCUCUGAAACUUCUUAACCCUUUCAGUGCGGGAACCGAAUUUUUAAGGUUUUUGCAAACAGUUUGGAUCCAGAUGAGACGCCACAGAACGUUUGCUUUUCUGAUAAUAUUCUUUGAAAAAAUCGAAGAAAAUGCUAAUUUUAGAAAUUCAGCAGACAACAUUUUAGCAGAUGACAAAUUUCCCAGCAUGCAAAGGGUUAAUUAGCCUCAUCCUGGUUUUAAUUAACACAUAAAGUGAACACCAGGAGGCCAGGCAGGUUUUCAUAUGUGGCUAUUACUUGUGAACUCUCUUAAAGCAAUAUUUGUUGGGCAAUUGCUUGUGAACUCUCUAAAAUGAUCAUUUGUUGGGAUAUUGCUUGUGAACUCUCUUAUAUGAACAUUUGUUGGGAUAUUGCUUGUGAACUCUCUUAAAGGAAUAUUUGAUAUGCAAUUGCUCUUGAACUCACUUAAAGGAAUAUUUGUUGGGAUAUUGCUUGUGAACUCUCUUAAAGAGUUAUUUGUUGGGCAAUUGCUUGUGAACUCACUUAAAGGAAUAUUUGUUGGGCAAUUGCUUGUGAACACUCUUAAAGGAAUAUUUGUUGGGCAAUUUCUUGUGAACUCACUUAAAGGAAUAUUUGUUGGGAUAUUGCUUGUGAACUCACUUAAAGGCAUACACAGAGGGACUUUUCUAACGCAUCACUUUUCAAACUUGAAUAUCUCAGUUAUGAGUUAAGAUAUUGAUUUAAAAUUUGACUACAUUCUUUGCAAGCUCACAAUAAAAUCAUUCAUCUGUGACGAUUGGACGCUUAAGCACGUGGGGUAGGUGUGAUUCCAUAUUUUUGGACGUGGAAAUGGUGAAACGCGAUUUAAUUCUAGUUUUAUUUUAAUUUAAUUAUUAUAGGUGGGUUCUAACAAAAGGAAGACAUAAAAUUAAUUUACAAAACAAUCAAGCUCGUAUGAAUAUUCAGGAGCGCAAUCGCGCACUUUAAUUUUACAGGCUACCUUUCCCACUUGCUUUUUUAAAAAGCAUCCAAUCGUCACGGAUGAAUGAUUUGAUCAUAAGCUUGCAAAUAUUGUUGUCAAAUGAUCACAUGUGCAAUUUUAAAUAAUAAUAUUUACUCAUUACUUAGAUAUGUAAGUUUUAAAAGUGUUGCGCUAGAAAAAUCACAAAGUGUAGUAAAAGGCGAUAUACAUGUUAUUCCAAUUUAAUUGCAAUUUCAUAAUUAUAGUUUAGUUUUUACACAAGAAAAACAUAACAUUAAUUAAAGAAAAACAAUAUGGCUCGUAUGAAUAUUCAGGAGCUAACGGCUCAAUCGGAAUGUUGCAAGCUGGUCAGUUAUUAAGACGUGUAAGUUUAUGUGUUUUACUUUUCACAUUGUUAUUAUUAAACGUUGUACGAGUUUGCGAAUUUGACUUUUGAAGUGAUGUUUUUAAUUUGUUUAGUUUUAUUUUUUGUUAUUUUUCAAUUUCAAUUAAAUUUUCAGCAAUUAUCAGAUAUGUGUUGAAUUAUUCUUGGUUCAAAUUUCAACACAAGUCGUUCAAAAAUAAGGGAGCUAUAUCGAUAUCAUUAAGUGAUGCAUUAGAAAAGUCUCCAAGUGUAUUUGUUGGGAUAUUGCUUGUGAACACUUACAGAAUUAUUUGUUGGGCUAUUUUUUGUGAACUCUCUUAAAGGAAUAUUUGUUGGGCUAUUGCUUGUUAACUCACUUAAAGGAAUAUUUGUUGGUAUAUUGCUUUUGAACACUUACAGAAAUAUUUGUUGGGCUAUUGCCUGUGAACUCACUUAAAGGAAUAUGUGUUGAGCUAUUGCUUGUGAACACUUACAGAAAUAUUUGUUGGGCUAUUGCCUGUGAACUCACUUAAAGGAAUAUUUGUUUGGCUAUUGCCUGUGAACUCUCUUAAAGGAAUAUUUGAUGGGCUAUUGCCUGUGAACUCACUUAAAGGAAUAUUUGUUGGGCUAUUGCUUGUGAACUCUCUUAAAGCAAUAUUUGUUGGGCAAUUGCUUGUGAACUCUCUAAAAGGAAUAUUUCUGAGGCUAUUGCUUGUGAACUCUCUGAAAGGAAUAUGUGUUGGGCUAUUGAUUGUGACCUCCGAAGGCAUUAUUUGUUGGGCAAUUGCUUGUGAACUCUCUUAAAGCAAUAUUUGUUGGGCAAUUGCUUGUGAACUCUCAUAAAGGAAUAUUUGUCAGGCUAUUGCUUGUGAACACUCUUACAGAAAUAUUUGUUGGGCUUUUGCUUGUAAACCCCUAAAGGAAUAUUUGUUGGGCUAAUGCUUGUGAACACUCUUACAGUAAUAUUUGUUGGGCUUUGCUUGUGAACACUCUUAAAGGAAUAUUUCUUAGGCUAUUGCCUGUGAACACUCUCUCUAGAAUAAUUUUGGAGCUAUUUCUUGUGAACUCUCUAAAAGCCUUUAUUUUCCUUAAUCAUCAUGAAACAGAUUAUUUGUUCUGAUGAUAUAAUGCCUGAUUACUAAAAUGAGGUCAGGUGAGGGACCAAGGGACUGUCUGGCCCUCUUGUGUUUUUUAUUUAUUAAAUCACAUUAUUGGAUUUAGAACCAUGAAUUUUUGUCACUUGCUGUUAAGUAAGUUUAAGCCUUUGGUAUCACUCACUGUGAUAUUUUUUCACACUUUUUUUCACUUUGAAGUUAUAAAUUAUACCCUGAUCACUUACUGUGAUCAUUGAUGUGGCAUUUUUUUAAAUUUCUAGUCUAACUAUAGUUUGGUAACUGUGGCUUUUUCUGUUAUUUGUUGUAUAUGUAUGAACAUGUUUGUUAAAGUUGAAAUCAUUAAGUAAUUUUUAAAUUCAUGUGAUCUUCUCAUGAACUGCUCUAUUCUGUCCAGGAUGCUUAUCACUUCGCUCAUGUGAACUGCAUGUGUAAAGGUUGUUAACCCAUAUUUUAUGCUUAGCGUCUAGAAUAAGGCCUUUGCAAACAGCGUAGACCCAGAUGAGACGCUGCAUGAUGUGGCGUCUCAUCUGGGUCUGCCCUGUUUGCUUAAAGGAAUUUCUGUCUUAAUAGAAAUAAAUAUACCUGACAUCCCUAAUUUUUAAAAAUAAAUUGAUCCAAUUUAGAAGGAUGGAAGAGUCCACAAGGCAUAAAUGGGUUAAGGCCCUAAGAAACUAGACGCAAUUUCUUUCAACAGACCUCUGCACUGAACUAGUAGCAUGACUGUCUGCACAUGUAAACUGUUUGCUUAUCAAGUUGCUAUUGAAUUCAUAUUAAAAUAUGCUUAAUACUGCUUAAUGUUCCCUGAAUGAUUGUAAUGUGUGAAUUGUUUAUUUAUUUUUUUGUCGAACUAUCUUGCGGAGAACUUGCUGAAGCCCUUACAAUGGUUCAGUGUGUGUGCGCAUAUGCCUGCAUCCAAUCCUGUCCACUUUGUGACUUACCGUAAACAUUCAUCAUACAAAUUAGUUUAUACCUUGGCCAAGCUUGUAAAAUAACGAUUAGCAAUUUUGGCGAUGGGCUAGACAUGUUGCAAAUAGGCAUCUGUUGUAUAUUGGUGCACAUUUUUAGCUCACCGUUGUGCUCAUGGUAAGCUUAUGUGAUCGCCUUUUGUCCAUUGUCCGUCGUGCGUUGUGCAACGUCAACAUUUGCCUUGUUCACUCUCUAGAGGCCACAUUUAUUGUCCAAUCUUCAUGAAAUUUGGUCAGAAGAUUGGUUUCAAUGAUAUCUUGGAUGAGUUCGAAAAUGGUUAAGUUUGUUUGAAAAACAUGGCCGCCAAGGGGCGGGACAUUUUUCCUUAUAUGGCUAUAUAUGGCUAUAGUAAAAUCUUGUUAAUACCCUAGAGGCCACAUUUAUUGUCCAAUCUUCAUGAAACUUGGUCAGAAGAUUCAUCCCAAUAAUAUCUUGGACGAGUUCGAAAAUGAUGCUGGUUGGUUGAAAAACAUGGCUGCCAGGGGGCGGAUCAUUUUUCCUUAUAUUGCUAUAGUAAAACCUUGUUAACAUUCUAGAGGCCACAUUUAUAUUCCUAUCUUCGUGAAACUUGGUCAGAAGAUUUGUCCCAAUGAUAUCUUGGAUGAGUUCGAAAAUGGUUUUGGUUGCUUUAAAAACAUGGCCGCAAGGGGCGGGGCAUUUUUCCUUAUAUGGCUAUAUAUGGCUAUAGUAAAACCUUGUUAACACUCUAGAGGCCACAUUUAGUGUCCAAUCUUCAUGAAAUUUGGUCAGAAGAUUGGUCUCAAUGAUAUCUCGGAUGAGUUCGAAAAUAAUUAUUUUUGCUUGAAAAAAAUGGCUUCCAAGGGGCGGGGCCAAUAAUAUCUUGUUAUCUCAGGUGAGCAACUUUGGGCCUUUAAGGCCCUCUUGUUUGUUAUGCCCCCCUUCGAAGAAGAGGGGGUAUAUUGUUUUGCACAUGUCCAUUGGUCCGUCCGUCCACCAGAUGGUUUCCGGAUGAUAACUCAAGAAGCUUAGGCCUAGGAUCAUGAAACUUCAUAGGAACAUUGAUCAUGACUGGCAGAUGACCCCUAUUGAUUUUCAGGUCACUAGGUCAAAGGUCAAGGUCACAGUCACUUGAAACAGUAAAAUGGUUUCCGGAUGAUAACUCAAGAAAGCUUACGCCUAGGAUCAUGAAACUGCAUAGGUACAUUGAUCAUGACUGGCGGAUGACCCCUGUUGAUUUUCAGGUCACUAUGUCAAAGGUCAAGGUCACAGUGACUCGAAACAGUAAAAUGGUUUCCGGAUGAUAACUCAAGAAUGCUUACGCCUAGGAUCAUGGCUCUUCAUAGGAACAUUGAGCAUGACUGGCAGAUGACCCCUAUUGAUUUUCAGGUCACUAGGUCAAAGGUCAAGGUCACAGUGACUUGAAACAGUAAAAUUGUUUCCAGAUGAUAACGCAAGAAUGCUUACGCCUAGGAUCAUGAAAUUUCAUAGGUACAUUGAUCAUGACUGGCAGAUGACCCCUAUUAAUUUUCAGGUCACUAGGUCAAAAGUCAAGGUCACAGUGACUCGAAAUAGUAAAAUGGUUUCCUGAUGAUAACUAAAGAAUUAUUAGGCCUAUAAUCAUGAAACUUCAUAGGUACAUUGAUCAUGACUGGCAGAUGACCCCUUUUGAUUUUCAGGUCACUAGGUCAAAGGUCAAGGUCACAGUGACAAAAAACGUAUUCACACAAAGGCUGCCACUACAACUGACAUCCCAUAUGGGGGGCAUGCAUGUUUUACAAACAGCCCUUGUUGUCAUAUUGAUUCACACAUGUACAAAUUGAAUAAAUAGACAUAAACAAUAAAAUAACGAUAUUUUCA